AUGAAGAUCGUUCAAUGUGUGUUGAUUAUUAUACUAUGCCAUCUUGCUUGCAAUAUUGCUCAUCUUUCAUCAAUAUCUGAAACUGACAAAAAACAUCCUGAUCAAGUUGAUGAAGAUCCUAUACUCAUCGAAAUAUCUUGGACCAUACAUGAUUAUGUUCUUCAUACUAUUCCAACUUUACAAGUCGUUACUAAUCCUCUUUUAUCUCGACAAUUUUCUCCUAUCUACAAAGAAAUAUUUGCAAAUUUAAAAAAACUCAAUGCUGAAUAUAUUCGUUAUGCUGUUUGGUAUCCUUAUCCAAAAUUAGCUGUUGCUGAACUGGAUCCUCCAUCAGAUUUAUUUCAAUGUGGUAAUGUAGGUGAAAAUUUUUCAAUAAAUCUUUCAUGUAAACAAAGUAGUGGUGUAAUAAGUAAAGUUGAUUUUGCAUCUUAUGGAACAUCAAGUGGUACAUGUGGUCAAAUGCAACAAGGAGUAUGUCAUGCAGCAAAUAGUUCAGAAAUUGUUCAACGAGUUUGUAUUGGACAACAACAAUGUAGUAUUCCAGCCAUAUCUGAUCUUUUUGGUGAUCCAUGUAAAGGAACAGUAAAACGAUUAUUGAUUCAAAUUCAAUGUGAUCCACCACAAAAUAAUACCUAUUAUAAUUUUACUUAUCUUGAUACAAUGUUAGAAGAUUUUCUAGAUGCUACUGAUGGCCAUUCACGUAUCAUAUCUUUUUCCACUCAACCAAACUGGCUCUUUAAACAGGCAACACCUCAUAUCUAUCCUGAUAAUGCUACAUUUACAGACUGGGGAUAUCCAGUAGGUACUCAAUUAGUUGAUGAAACUAUGCAAGAAUUAGGUGAUUAUUAUGGACGUCUCUUUGCUUGGUAUACUCGAGGUGGUUUCAUUGAUGAAUAUGGUAGAAAACAUAUAUCAAAUUAUCAAUAUAACUGGGACUAUACAGAGAUAUUUAAUGAAAUUGAGGGUGAACAUAGCAUGACUAUUGAAUAUUAUACUCGAGCAUAUGAUGCAGUUAUUCAAGGUAUUCGAAGACAUACAAAUAAUUAUGAUAUGAAAUAUGUUGGAAUGUCAUUAGGAGGACAUAAUGAAUUUAGUUGGUAUCGAUAUUUUCUUAAUCAUUCAAAUCAUGCACCUAAUAUUCCACUUGAUAUGAUCUCAUAUCAUUUCUAUGCAUUCGGUAAUUCUCGAACUGAUCCAAAAGAUUGGGAAUCAUUCUUUGGUCAACUUGAUAUAUUUAUAUUCGAAGUUGAACAGAUUGAAGAAAUUCGUAAAAAUCUUUCACCACAAACUCGAACUACGAUCGAUGAAGUCGGUGUCAUUCUUCCUGAUGAUAACAUUCCAGAAGCACCACAAUUUCCAAUGAUUUACUGGAAUGCUGCUGCUGCACUUUAUGCUUAUGCAUGGGCAAGAAUAUCUAGACAAGGUAUUGAUGUUGCUACACACAGUCAACUUGUUGGUUUUCCAGAAUUACCUGAUCUUCAACUUCAACCUCAAUUUCCAAGUGUUGCUUUACUCAAUUGGACAACUGGAGAAGGAACAGCAAAAUAUUGGAUAACAAAACUUCUUAUUGACACAGUUGAUAUUGAUAAUGAUGAAGCAGUUGUAACACAAACAACUGAUACUAGUGGAAAAAAUAUCUUUAGUCAAGGAUUUAUUAGUAAAAAUGGUCAUCGAUGGGUGCUAAUUAUUAAUAAACGAUAUGCUAAUGUUGAUGUAUUUUUACCUGGAUGUACUGGUGGUCGAAUGCAGAUUGUAAAUGAAGCAUCUGGUUUUGGACCUCCAACUGAAAUAAUAUUGACAUUAAGUAGAAUAACAUUGAGUCCGUUUGCUGUUGCUAUUGUUCAUAUGCCUUCUAGUGAAAUGGAAUGA